CCUAACCACACACAUCUGUAAUAAUUCAAAGAUCAUAACUUUAAACCUCGUACAUCAUCAGAUUCAUUCAAACUGAGCUUUUCUAUGUGGGUUUUGUUACAGAACAACUAGGGUUUUGAUUAUGGAUCCAAACAUCUCUGAAUCUCUCAACAGCUUUGAGUAUUUCGAUGGAAACCCUAAUUUUCUAGCUGAUCCAAUGGAAGAUCAGUAUCCACCACCAUCUGAUACUUUGUUGAAAUAUGUGAGUGAGAUUCUUAUGGAAGAGAGUAAUGGAGAUUAUAAGCAGUCUAUGUUCUAUGAUUCAUUGGCUUUACGAAAAACCGAAGAAAUGUUGCAGCAAGUCAUUACUGAUUCUCAAAAUCAGUCCUUUAGUCCUGAUUCUAUGAUUACUAAUUCUUGGGAUGCAAGUGGAAGUAUCGAAUCAGGUUAUUCGGCUGAUCCGCAAAUCGGUUUACCUGUGGAUGAGUCUAUGGUCAAGAGUAUGUUUAGUGAUGCUGAAUCAGCGCUACAGUUUAAGAAAGGGGUUGAAGAAGCUAGUAAAUUCCUUCCUAAUAGUGAUCAAUGGGUUAUCAAUCUGGAUAUGGAGAGACCCGAAAGGCGAGGUUUGGUUAAAGAAGAGAUGGGAUUGAAUCAGUUGAGAGUUAAGAAGAAUCAUGAAAGGGAAAUUCUUGAUUUUGAGGAAGUUAGGAGUAGUAAGCAGUUUGCUAGUAAUGUAGAAGAUGGGAAGAUUACAGAGAUGUUUGAUAAGGUUUUGCUUCUUGACGGUGAAUGCGAUCCGCAAACAUUGUUAGACAGCGAAAUUCAAGCGAUUCGGAGUACGAAAAACAGAGGAGAGAAGGGGAAGAAGAAGACGAAGAAGAAGAAGAGUCCGGUGGUUGAUUUUCGUACACUUCUCACUCAUUGUGCACAAGCCAUUUCGACAGGCGAUAAAACUACGGCUCUUGAGUUUCUGUUGCAGAUAAGGCAACAAUCUUCGCCUCUUGGUGACGCGGGGCAGAGACUGGCUCAUUGUUUCGCCAAUGCGCUCGAGGCUCGUCUACAGGGAAGUACCGGUCCUAUGAUCCAGACUUAUUACAAUGCUAUAACCACCUCGUUGAAGGAUACCGCUUCCGAUACACUUAAAGCGUACCGAGUUUAUCUUUCUUCAUCUCCGUUUGUUACCUUGAUGUAUUUCUUCUCCAUCAGGAUGAUUCUUGAUGUGGCGAAAGAUGCUCCGGUUCUUCAUAUAGUCGAUUUUGGGAUUCUCUACGGGUUUCAGUGGCCGAUGUUUAUUCAGUACAUAUCAGGUCGAAAUGAUGUACCGCGGAAACUGCGGAUUACUGGUAUUGAGCUGCCUCAGUGCGGAUUUCGCCCUGCGGAACGAAUAGAGGAGACAGGACGGAGAUUGGCGGAGUACUGUAAACGGUUCAACGUCCCGUUCGAGUACAAAGCCAUUGCGUCUCAGAACUGGGAAACAAUCCGGAUAGAAGAUCUCGAUAUAAGACCAAAUGAAGUCUUAGCGGUUAACGCCGGACUAAGGCUCAAGAACCUUCAAGACGAAACAGGAAGUGAAGAGAAUUGCCCGAGAGACGCUGUCUUGAAGCUAAUAAGAAACAUGAACCCGGACGUUUUCAUACACGCAAUUGUCAACGGUUCAUUCAACGCACCUUUCUUCAUCUCACGGUUCAAAGAAGCGGUUUACCAUUACUCCGCUCUCUUCGACAUGUUUGAUUCGACGCUGCCUCGGGAUAACGAAGAAAGAAUUAGGUUCGAGAGGGAGUUUUACGGGAGAGAGGCUAUGAACGUGAUAGCGUGCGAGGAAGCUGAUCGAGUCGAGAGGCCGGAGACUUACAGGCAAUGGCAGGUGAGGAUGGUUAGAGCUGGGUUUAGGCAGAAAACGAUUAAGCCUGAGCUGGUAGAGUUGUUUAGGGAAAAACUGAAGAAAUGGCGUUACCAUAAAGACUUUGUGAUUGAUGAAAAUAGUAAAUGGUUGUUACAAGGCUGGAAAGGUCGAACUCUUUAUGCUUCUUCUUGUUGGGUUCCUGCGUAGUGAUUUAGUGUUGUUUUGUAGUUUUGUUACAAAAAUCAUGUAAUUUUAGGUAGGAAUAUAUCUGAUAAGUUUACAAGAAUUUCUAGCUAAAUUUCUGUCCUAUUUGAAUAAAAAUGUUUGGCAUUA